GAGAAUUCCCCUAGUAUCUGUCAAAAUCAACUGUCAGCUGUUUAUUGAUGUUUUGCCUGAUUUCAAGUGGGAGUGUUGUGGUGCUUUAAAAAUGACUGAAACGGAGACGAAAGAUUGUCCCACUGAAACCAUCGAAUCCCUUACCAAAGAGGCUGAAGCCUUAAAAAAGAAACUGGAAGAUGAAAGACAAAAACUCAACGAUGUCACACUGGCUACAGUGGCCGAGCGUUUGGACAUCAUCAAUUACAUGAACAUCAAACCUCGACGUACUCUAAAAGGGCACCAAGCCAAAGUCUUGUGUUCUGAUUGGUCUCCUGACAAGCGCCACAUUGUCUCAUCAUCACAAGAUGGUAAAAUGAUCAUUUGGGAUGCUUUCACUACUAACAAAGAGCACGCAGUCACCAUGCCUACAACAUGGGUAAUGGCUUGUGCUUAUGCACCAUCAGGAAACCUAGUCGCUUGCGGAGGUUUGGAUAACAAAGUCACUGUUUAUCCAUUAAGUCUGGACGAGGAUGUGACACUCAAGAAAAAAACAGUAGGGACGCACACUAGUUACAUGAGUUGUUGCAUUUUUCCCAACUCUGACCAACAAAUUUUGACGGGGAGUGGCGACUCAACUUGCGCCUUGUGGGACGUAGAGUCGGGACAGUUAUUACAGAGUUUUCACGGACAUUCCGCUGAUGUUAUGUCAAUAGAUCUGGCCCCGUCCGAAACUGGUAACACUUUCGUUUCAGGGAGUUGCGAUAAAAUGGUAUUGAUCUGGGAUAUGCGUUCGGGACAAUGCGUCCAGUCUUUUGAAGGACACGAAUCAGACGUUAACAGUGUUAAAUUCCAUCCAAGUGGCGAUGCUGUAGCUACAGGAAGCGACGACGCAACGUGUCGGUUAUUUGAUUUAAGGGCUGAUAAAGAGGUAGCAGUUUACAGCAAGGAAAGUAUUAUUUUCGGGGUGAAUUCGGUCGAUUUUUCCGUUUCAGGUCGCCUCUUAUUCGCUGGGUAUAAUGACUAUACUGUCAAUGUUUGGGAUACUCUUAAAUGUGUAAGAGUGUGUUUGUUGUACGGGCACGAAAAUCGGGUAUCGUGUUUGCAAGUAUCGCCAGAUGGCACUGCUCUCUCUACAGGUUCUUGGGACUAUACUCUUAGGGUCUGGGCAUAAAUUGUAAAAUUAUUGUAUUUCGAUGGCAUUUAAGAAUAUUUAUUCUAUGUUUAUAGAAUUCAGAGCUGUACGAACAUUGGCCACCAAACGGCCUUGAGUGUUUGUAUCGGGCUGAAACAACUGUAGUGAGAUGUCUGUAUUAUUUAAGUGCAAUCUAAAAUCUUGUUGAUUGUUCUUGAGGAUUAGUUGAUGUAAAAAUAAAACUUCCAGUUAUGUUAUGUA